UGGCAGGCAUAGAAAUUGUUGCGCAUCGCUUUAUAAGGAUUUAGCUGAACUCUUUCUUCCAUAUUAGUAUUUUAUCCGAGAGAGGAAGGUUCUUUUUCUCAAGCCAAAUUCCUUUAUUCGGUUAGAAAUAACAAUAUCCUUACCGUACCUGAAAAAUGCGUGAGUGUAUCUCUAUCCAUGUUGGCCAAGCUGGAGUCCAGAUCGGCAAUGCCUGCUGGGAGUUAUACUGCCUGGAGCAUGGGAUCCAGCCCGAUGGUCAAAUGCCAUCAGACAAGACUGUUGGAGGAGGUGAUGACAGUUUUAACACCUUCUUCAGUGAAACUGGAGCAGGAAAACAUGUCCCUCGUGCUGUCUUUGUAGAUCUUGAGCCAACAGUAGUAGAUGAGGUUCGAACCGGCACAUACAGACAGCUGUUUCACCCAGAGCAGCUCAUCACAGGCAAGGAAGAUGCAGCGAACAACUAUGCUCGAGGCCAUUAUACCAUUGGAAAGGAGAUUGUCGACGUUGUCUUGGACCGUAUUAGGAAGCUAUCUGACCAGUGUACCGGACUACAAGGUUUCUUGAUUUUCCAUUCCUUUGGUGGGGGUACUGGAUCUGGAUUUACUUCUCUUCUAAUGGAAAGGCUUUCUGUUGACUAUGGGAAGAAAAGCAAAUUGGAAUUUGCCAUCUACCCUGCACCUCAAGUUUCCACUGCUGUCGUAGAACCUUACAACUCCAUUCUGACCACCCACACAACGCUGGAACACUCUGACUGCGCUUUCAUGGUAGACAACGAGGCUAUCUACGACAUCUGCAGAAGGAAUUUGGACAUUGAAAGACCAACGUACACAAACCUCAACAGGCUGAUCGGUCAGAUUGUCUCUUCAAUCACAGCUUCCCUGCGAUUCGAUGGUGCACUGAAUGUGGAUCUCACAGAGUUCCAGACCAACUUGGUACCUUACCCCAGGAUCCACUUCCCCUUGGUGACCUACGCCCCAGUCAUAUCUGCGGAGAAGGCUUACCAUGAGCAACUGUCUGUCAUGGAGAUCACCAAUGCCUGCUUCGAGCCGGCCAACCAGAUGGUGAAGUGUGACCCCCGUCAUGGCAAGUACAUGGCCUGUUGUAUGCUGUACCGAGGUGACGUUGUGCCCAAGGACGUUAAUGCUGCCAUCGCCACCAUCAAGACCAAACGGACCAUCCAGUUUGUCGACUGGUGCCCCACUGGCUUCAAGGUUGGAAUCAACUACCAGCCACCCACUGUGGUGCCGGGAGGUGACCUUGCCAAGGUACAACGUGCAGUCUGCAUGUUGUCCAACACCACCGCCAUCGCCGAGGCCUGGGCUCGACUGGACCACAAGUUUGAUCUGAUGUAUGCCAAGCGAGCCUUCGUCCAUUGGUACGUGGGUGAGGGUAUGGAGGAGGGAGAGUUCAGCGAGGCUCGUGAGGACUUGGCUGCCCUGGAGAAGGACUACGAGGAGGUCGGCAUGGACUCUGUCGAGGGAGAAGGCGAAGGAGCUGAGGAAUACUAAACUCCUAGUCAAACAUGCUUUUUUCUCUGUAUACCUUAUACACAGUAUUUAUUGUAUUAUUGUAAACAUGUAAUAUUUAUUCCAUUUUUUAUUUAUAUAUUUAUUAAAGCCAAGCAUCUGAAAUGAA